AUGCAAUCCCCUUCAUUGCCAGAAUCUCUUCCACACACCCCCCAAAACGGCAUCCCCAUCGCCGCUCGACGAUCUCUCGAAGAUGAGCUUCGCUCCCUACCCAAAGGUUGGGUGCGCGAGUUCGACCCUCAGUCCCAACACCAAUUCUUUGUCGACACAAACUCUUCCCCGGUAAGGGCAAUUUGGCAUCAUCCUUACGACGAUGAGGCCUUUCUGAACUCGCUAGAGGCAGAAGAGUUGGAGAGAGUCAAGAUGGAGGGGCUGAGCGCUGCUGUGGGGGAGGGAACGAAAGUUUGUGUGGAGGAUUUGAUCGCCGAAGAAAGCGAUGAGGAAGAGGGACAGGAACAGACCCCCCCUCCAUCUCCAGGGAAGGGUGACAAGCAGCGGAGACGGUCUUCAACUUGCAAACUUAAGGAUCUGCUCACUGGAACUUCUCACACCGAACGACAAAGUCAAAGGGCACACCGAUCAGCCUUAGAACACACCCUCUACUCCCUGCACCGCACCCUCCGCCGCGCCAUGUCCCACACCAUGAUCACCACCCACCCAUUUUUACUGUCUCGCGACGCAAACCGCACACAUAUGUACCUUGAACCCCCGGGGCACACGUUCCCGGGCGUCAUUUCCACACGCCGCAUCAACCCCUAUUUCACGGAGAUCCUUUACGACAGGGAGUAUGGACGGAAGGCAGAGAAAAGUGGACGGUUUUUUCGGCCCGAGGGGGAGAUGUAUGGGGAAGGGUAUGGAGCGUUCGGGUGUGGAAAGUUUGCUGGGGGUAGAUGGGAUCGACCUGAGGGGGUGUAUAGGAGGUUUGAGGGGAAGGGGUUUGGUGGGGGGUUGGGGUGGCCGUUAAAGAGGUUCUUGAGGGGGGAGGAGGUGAUAGGGUUGGAGUAG